AUGAACGACGACCACCAGACUUCCGCUCAGCCAAACACACUCAAGCGGGCUCUUUCUCAAUCCACUACUUCCUCCACAUCAUCAACCACCACCAACUCCCACGCUACGAAGGCUAGACAUCACAAAGCAAGCCGUCUGUCCAGCGUGAAACAAUUCCUCCGGUCGCGCUCCCACUCUCCAACCGCGGCUUCUAUUCCUUCGAAUCGCUCCUCUCCCUCAGCUAGCUUCGACAUUCCUCGAAGCAUUCCAGCAAACUCCACCCCUCGUCGCUCUGCAAGCCCCGUCUCCACCAUGUCUCCUAGCAGAGCCUCCACCGACGACAGCGCAACCAACAAGCGUGUACAUUCCACACACAUCCGCAGAAGCGGCCACGACUACCGUCGUUACAGUGGCACAGUGAACCACUACGGUCGUCACUCGAAUGACUGGCUGUUUGGAGGCUUCAGUCUGCGGGAUACCGUACGGGAUGGAGUGGAUCGUCUGAGACACCAUCAUGCCAAGGAUUGA